CAUAGUCGGAAAAAAAACCAACAAGUCCACGUUUCCGGGACUAAAUUUCACACUUCUUUGAGUAGCAACUCUUUAAGAAGGUUUAUCACAGUAAAACUGGAAAUAUUGGGGUCUAAAAGCCAACAGAUAAACUCACAGUUUUUGCGUACCACACGACGGCCAUUUUUUAAUGGGAUCAGCUCAUGACAGCUCGUCAGAUCGCCCCGUAAGACGAAUUUAAAAAAGAAGAAGAAUGUACCAUGUUUUUACAAAUUAAUAUUAUGCAGAACUUACGAUUAGUAUUACAUACAGGGAUUGUUAAGCAAUCAAGAUGUUUAAAUACAUCUAGUAUUUUACAUUUUAAUCAAAAGUGGAGGAAAGAAAGAGGUCUCCCAUUGAAUCCAAAUGCUUGUGGAGUAUUAACAGAUGCGCCUGAUUACACAUUCUUAGAUGGUAGAUUGACACCGUAUGGAGAGGGACAAAAAGAAAGAAUAAAAAAGCAACAACAAAUAAAACAAGAUAUAAUUCGUUUUACUGAUGAAAUCGAUUUUGCAGUUGAUCGAUAUAAUAAUUUAUUACAAGCAGAAGAAGAUAGGAAGAAAGCUAUUUUAGAUAGAAAAUUGAAACCAAAAGGAAUUAAUUUAUUAAAGAAACACAGUACUAGUUAAUAUGAAUGUUAUGGGUCGUAUUUCUUAGUAUAAAUAAAUAAAUAAACUUUAAAUCCAA